GGAUCGGACUUUAAAGCCUCUCUCUCCUUUUCCGGUUCUUUUGGAACGUAUCUUAUAAUUGUGCAAAAUGGCAAAGCGUACGAAGAAGGUUGGAAUCACCGGUAAAUAUGGUACCCGAUAUGGUGCAUCCCUCAGGAAGAUGGUUAAAAAGAUGGAAAUUACCCAACACAGCAAAUACACCUGCACAUUCUGUGGCAAGGAUGCUAUGAAGAGAAGUGUUGUGGGAAUUUGGUCCUGUAAGCGCUGUAAGAGAACAGUUGCUGGAGGUGCAUGGGUUUAUUCCACCACAGCUGCUGCCUCUGUUAGGUCUGCAGUUAGGAGAUUACGCGAAGUUAAAGAACAAUAA